GUACGACAGUGGCAUUGACCUAUGAGCUACGGAGAAUAAAUCAUCAAGCAACCUGAGAACCCCCCACAACGCCGUCCCCUCCGUCCAAUGAGAAAGGGGAGCAGAGACCUGCGUGGACAGAGAGGGAGACACGACGACAGUAGCCCCAUGGGGGCGCUGCCCUUCCAGAAGGGGCAGUAUCCACGGCCCCGAAGAGGCAAGGUGCCUGUUCUCUCUCCCUCCAUCUCGCCCAUCCCUGUCCCGACCCGUCCUGAUCACACGUCCACGCCCUCCUCAGCCCUGGCUCCCUGCCGCAGUGUAGCUCUCGGCUCGGGCCUUGGGAGGGGGUGUGGUAGGGGGUGUGGUAGGAAGGGCGGGUGCUCCCUUCGCGCGCGAACCAUGAUUUGCCGCAGCCGCUCCACCUAAUUGUGUGCUCGUGGGCUCCGCUUGUCAGGCUGCGAGAUCAGAGAUCAGAUCUCGCACCCCCUCCCAACCCCUCUCUUCUAAACGGUCCUGUUCGGCUCCUUCCAGGAAUUUCACACCACGCGCCCCUCAUCCAUACUUGCAGAGAGAGGGGGCUUUCACACCUGAAUGUACCUGUACUUUUGCGGCCCUUUCGUCCAAUCAUGAGUUUGUGAAAUAGCAGUGCCCAUCAGGGGAAACCAUGGAGAGGAAGUAUGAAUUUCCCAACCGCCAAAUGGGGGGAGAAGAAGCAAAAAAGAAAAGAACAAGAACAAAACCCCCAGUAAACGCCUGCCUAUCCGUUGUCAUGUAACUCAUAUACCCUCCCCAAAGACCCUGCGGCAGACGCACGUGGACGUCCGCUCGCUUGCCGCCCAACGUCAUCUCCACCCUCAUCCACCUAUGAUCUGCCCCCAGCACUCAUGCAAGCAGCCAGGGCCGCUGGAGAGCGUGUGCAGAUGGCAGGGGAGGGGAGGGGUGAGUCGAGCGGGCGGUAUGCAGCCCUAUGUGCAAUGCGUGAAACCCAAGAUCUGUGGUGUGCGGCAAAGUGA